CAGCUCGAGACGGUCCUGGUUCUGGUACUCGGCGCACGCGCGAACAGUCGUGAGCACCAACAUAAACCAAGGGGCUGGGUUCUCGUCAGUCUGCUUAUUUUCUAGUCCGGACGCACAGAGAGUGGGCCACCACUUUUAUGGGGUGAAGCCUGGAUGCUUCUCCGUCUAUUUAUGUGGACUCAGUACCACUAAAACUGAACCAUGACCAAGAAAUUCGAGUUCAACUGGAAAAUUAUCGUACCCGAGCCACUGCUCGAGGGGGGCUUAUUCGAAAGAUGGACUGAGGAGAAGGAUUCGAUCGACUUUGAAUCGCAGUGCGUCUUCAAAGUAGACGAAUACGGAUUCUUCAUUUACUGGAAAAGCGAAGCACGCGAAGGCGAUGUCAUCGAACUAUGUCAGGUGAGCGACAUCAGGGCAGGUGGAGUGCCGAAGGAUCAGCGCCUUUUAAAUCAGCUGGUCGCUCGGCAUGGCGAGCAGCUAGAGGACAGAUCGUUGACCAUCUGCAGCGGCACCGACUACGUCAACAUAAAUUACCAGCACAUUGUUUGCCCCGACACUGAAACAGCCAAGGUAUGGCUAGAUGGGCUCAGGUCAAUCACGCAUAAUGUCAAGGCCAACAACGCUUGCCCUAUGACUUGCCUGAAGAAACACUGGAUGCGAUUGAGCUUUUUGACUUCUGCCAAAGGCAAGGUGCCAGUCAAAGUGAUCGCUCGCACAUUCGCUUCAGGUAAAACGGAGAAGCUGGUGUACCAGUGUCUCUCGGAUUUGGAUCUACCCAGCGGCAAAUCCGACACAAUAGAACCAGAGGACUUCACCUUUGACAAGUUCUACAGCCUAUACCACAAGAUCUGUCCUAGAAAUGAUAUUGAAGAGCUUUUCCAAGUUAUAAAUCAAGGCAGUGCAGAUUAUAUCACCCUGGAGCAAUUGAUUAACUUCCUGAACGAAAAGCAGCGUGACCCGAGACUGAACGAAAUCCUUUAUCCAUUUUACGACGAAAAGAGAGCUCGGGAAAUUGUUUUGGACUAUGAACCUAAUGAGGAGCUGAGAAAAGAAGGGCUCCUGAGCAAAGAUGGCCUAAUUAGGUACCUUAUGUCCGAUGAGAACGCUCCAGUUUUUUUGGACCGUUUGGACUUGUUCAUGGAUAUGGACCAAUCACUGGCUCAUUACUACAUAAACUCGUCACACAACACGUACCUCAUAGGCAGACAAUUUGGUGGCAGGUCCUCGGUUGAAAUGUACAGACAGGUUCUUUUGGCCGGGUGCAGAUGUGUGGAGCUCGAUUGCUGGGACGGAAAAGGAGAGGACGAGGAGCCAAUUAUUACUCACGGCAAGGCUAUGUGCACAGAUAUCCUAUUUAGAGACGUGAUUUAUGCAUUGAGAGACACAGCGUUUGUGACCUCUGACUACCCAGUCAUUUUAUCCUUCGAGAACCACUGCUGCAAAGCCCAGCAGUACAAACUGGCAAAGUAUUGCGAAGACAUCCUAGGAGACCUACUUCUCAAAGAGCCCUUGCCAGAAUUUCCACUCGAUCCUGGUGUCGCCUUGCCGUCUCCGAAUCAACUGCGCCGAAAAAUUCUCAUAAAAAACAAGCGGCUCAAACCUGAAGUGGAAAAGCAGGAGCUCGAACUGUUCAAACAGGGUCAGUUUGUGAUUGAGGACGAGGAGAAGGAAGACGCCAGCGCCGUCAGCACGCUCGCCAUCACAGAGAAGAAAAUAGAGGAGCCUGCGGCAAUGUCUAAUGACUUGGUCGAGUCUGUAGUGGUCGAGGGCACCGAGUUGCCGGUGCAGGUGCAGUACACAGGCUCUACCACCAACGUUCAUCCCUAUCUCUCCUCUAUGGUGAACUACGCGCAACCAGUGAAAUUCCAGAGCUUUGAGGCUGCAGAGGAAAAGAAUUUUCACAACAACAUGUCUUCCUUUGCUGAAACUGCCGGAUUAAAUUUACUCAAGCAGCAAGCCAUCGAAUUUGUUAACUACAACAAGAGGCAAAUGUCUCGGAUUUAUCCAAAAGGAACCAGGGCAGAUUCGUCAAAUUAUAUGCCGCAGAUUUUUUGGAAUGCUGGGUGCCAAAUGGUGUCUCUGAACUUCCAAACGCCUGACCUGCCAAUGCAGCUUAACCAGGGAAAAUUUGAGUACAAUGGCAACUGUGGUUACCUCCUGAAGCCAGAUUUCAUGCGGCGCUCAGACCGUAGCUUCGAUCCUUUUGCUGAAUCUCCCGUCGAUGGCGUUAUCGCUGCUCAGUGCAGUGUCCAGGUCAUUGCCGGACAGUUCUUGUCUGAUAAGAAAGUCGGUACAUACGUCGAGGUGGACAUGUACGGCCUCCCGACAGACACAAUAAAGAAGGAGUUCAAGACGAGAAUGGUGCCCGCUAAUGGUCUAAAUCCAGUAUACAAUGAAGAGCCUUUCCUUUUUAGAAAGGUAGUGUUACCUGAUCUUGCCGUGCUGCGCUUUGGCGUCUACGAUGAAAACGGAAAACUUCUUGGCCAGCGCAUUUUGCCGCUUGACGGUCUGCAGGCAGGCUACCGGCACAUCUCCCUUAGAACCGAGGCAAACUUCCCAAUGUCUCUGCCCAUGUUGUUCUGUAACAUCGAGCUGAAAAUUUACGUCCCAGAUGGAUUUGAAGAUUUUAUGGCUGCGUUGUCCGACCCCCGACGUGCUUUCAUCCCUCCAAAAGCACCCCCCACUGAGCGUUUAAAAGGGAUGGGCAUCGAGGAGGCCGACAACUCUAUGGAGUCGUCUAUGGAGCGCUCUCGUAGGGAAGAAGCGAAACGAAAGGAAGAGGCAGAGCUGAAGUUUGAGGAUGUGACUGUGGAAAGUCUCAAAGCCGAAAAGGGCUUCUCCAAGGUCGGCCGCAAACAACAGAAAGACAUUGAGGCGCUGAAGAAGCGGCACCAAAAGGAGAUGGCCGCCGUGCAAAAGCAGCAAGUGGCUGCAAUCGAAAAACUAGUCAAGGGAAAGAAGCCGAAUGAAGCGGCUUUGGACCCAGCGGUGCGAAAAUUGGUGGUAGAGCAAAUGACUCAGUGGUCAGAAAUGGUGGUGCGACAGCAGCGCGAGCGGUGGGAAACCCUUCGGCAGCAGUUGCGCGAAAAUCAAGAGGUGCUGCGUAAAUUAAUGGAGGGUGUGCAGGCAAACCAGAUGAAACAACUUGAAGCCAAACAUGAGAGGGACAUAAAAGAGCUGAAUUCGUCACAGGCGCGCAUCUCGGUUGAGACAGCGCGAGAGGUCAACAGCGAUAAAACGCUGAAAACCAAGAACGACAAGGACCGAAAGCUACGAGAAAAGAAGCAAAAUAACACAAAAAAGUUUAUGGACGAACGAAAGGUUGCCAAAAUGAAGCAAGAUAAGGAGCGAGAGCGCCUGCGGAAAAAGCACGAAAAGCAACUUGACGAACUCAACAAAACCUUCCACAAUCUGAUGGAGUUGUAUCAGAACGAGGAAGUGGAAUAUAACUUGGCAAGUAAGCAAGAGUGCUUCGUUUAAUCUGGAUCUAGUCGGACCAAUCGAGUCAGCAUGAGACGCCAUAACGCAUUUAGUCUUCGUACAAAUAAAAACCUAUACUGUCUGUUUUCUAAUCUCAAAAGUGUAUGACUACUGAAACAAUAAACACGCUAUUGAAUGUUGAACCAGAACCGAAA